GCCCAGUAAGCAUCGUAUGCCUUCUGCAAGUCACGAGUGAAAGGAUUGAUUCCCUUUUCACCCUCUCGGAGUGGAAAAAAUGGAUCGGAGCUCUUUCUCACCGGGAACCGGAAAAACCCGAACCAAACCGGACAUAUACUCUACCUUCGUGGUCCACGACGACGAAGACGAUGACGGAGGAGGAACCUUCCGGCGCCGGAAAUCCGGCGGCGGCGCGCAGCCACAGGACGAUCCGUACGCGACAAUGGUGUUCAAAGACAACGGCCACGACGACGAGGACGACGAAGACUCCUCUCUUCCUCCGCUCCUCAAGCGCCUCCCCAAGGACUUCGGCGGCGGAGCGCCGCUGGACUACGACGACGAAGACGAUGACGCCGGCGACUUCGGCACAAUGAUCGUGAAGUCCGACCGGAGCCGGCAGCGCGACCGGCCUUCUUCCGGCGUGGCUUCGCCAGCGUGGAAGGCUCGGAGUCCUCUGAACAGAUUCGGUGGCGAUGACGACGGCGAUGACGACGACGACGACGGAGGAGGAUUCUCGACGUUCGUAGUGCGAUCAACGGUGAAGUCCGGCGAGAGAGAGUCGGUGAGCGGAACCGUGGUUCGACGGACCAGUGGCGGCGGCAGCGUCGGUGUCGGUGUCGGUGUCGGUUCGACGAUGGAGAGAGCGGUGGCGAGCAUGCAAGGGAUGGGAGAGUUCGGAUUCGGAAAGCAGAGGAAGGGAAGUGGAUCUUCGCAGAACGAUGAAGGAAGGCAUCAAUCGAUAACGACGAAGGUUUCGACGAGUUCGAUCCCUGAUAGUGUUACCAGAGAGGACCCUACGACCAAAUACGAAUUGCUCAAUGAACUUGGGAAGGGGUCUUAUGGAGCUGUUUACAAAGCAAGGGACUUGAGAACCUCGGAGAUGGUUGCUAUCAAAGUAAUAUCGUUAUCUGAAGGGGAGGAGGGGUAUGAGGAAAUCCGUGGUGAGAUUGAAAUGUUACAACAAUGUAAUCAUCCAAAUGUUGUCCGUUAUCUUGCAAGCUAUCAGGGAGAAGAGUAUCUUUGGAUAGUGAUGGAGUAUUGCGGUGGUGGUAGUGUUGCUGAUUUGAUGAGCGUGACUGACGAGCCACUUGAUGAGGGUCAAAUAGCAUAUAUCUGUAGAGAGGCACUGAAGGGUCUUGAUUAUUUGCACUCAAUUUUUAAAGUCCAUAGAGACAUUAAAGGUGGGAAUAUCUUAUUAACUGAACAAGGAGAUGUCAAGCUAGGGGAUUUUGGUGUUGCUGCACAGCUUACAAGGACUAUGUCAAAGCGCAAUACGUUCAUUGGAACCCCUCAUUGGAUGGCUCCAGAAGUUAUUCAGGAAAGUCGCUAUGAUGGAAAGGUAGAUGUUUGGGCUCUUGGUGUGUCUGCUAUUGAAAUGGCUGAGGGUGUUCCUCCAAGAUCAUCAGUACAUCCAAUGAGGGUUUUAUUCAUGAUAUCAAUCGAACCAGCUCCAAUGCUUGAGGAUAAAGAAAAAUGGUCUCUAUAUUUCCAUGAUUUUGUUGCCAAGUGCCUAACAAAAGAACCACGUCUCCGCCCUACUGCUUCUGAGAUGUUGAAGCACAAAUUCUUUGAAAAGUGGAAAAGUGGAUCUGCUGCAAUGUUGCCAAAACUAGAAAAGGCGAGGCAAAUCAGGGCUUCAAUGGCUUUGCAGGCACAAGCUCUUCCAGCUGCAUCAGAAGAUCAGGAGUUAGAUUCAAAACUAAAUGAUGAAUAUGGAGGUACUGUUCCAUCCAGACCUCAUAACAUCGGUGUUGAGGGGGCUGCUGAUCUCUCUUCACAUGGCACUACAAGGAAGCUACAUAAAGUGGAAGAUGUAGACACGAGUGAAGGCAACUUUGGCACUGUUAUAAUCCAUGGAGAUGAAUUACAUAAGACCACACAAGAUGCAGAUUCUGCAGUUUCUGUAUCUGCUCUGACCAGUGGCUCAGGAGACAGAUUGGCUGACUCUGGGAUUGAGAGUCAGAAAGUUGGUAUUAUGAACACUGCCUCUUUUAGAGGAUAUAGUGCUACUACCAAUACUGUUCAAUCGUCUUUACCUUAUGUUAGUAAUUCAACUGAGCAGAGCCUCAAAACUAGAGGUACUCAUCGAGCACAAGCUGGAAUUGGUGGUGAUAUAAGCAAUAGCAUAUUCAAGAAUGAAACAGUCAGCCGUAAAGCAUUUGCUUUACAAGAUAAGCUUUGGUCCAUUUAUGCUGCUGGUAAUACAGUGCCCAUCCCGUUCUUAAGGGCAACAGAUAUAUCACCGAUUGCUCUCCUGUCAGACAAUGUACUUGGUGGCAUACAACAGGAUACUGGUGGAACUGGAACAGUGGAAGCAUUGCAAGAGCUUUUUAGUGGUGACGGACAGUCCAAAAAGGGCCGGAGAGGACUAAAUGAGCAGAUGCCUCUUCCUCCAAGCAUUUACCAAAGAUUGACAUCAAGUUCUACUCUAAUGAAUUUGGCGCAGGCUUUAGCUUACCAUAAAAUGUGUUACGAAGAUAUGCCGCUGCAGGAGCUGCAAGCGACCCAGGAGCAGCGGACUAUUCAAAAUCUAUCUGACACCCUUCGAACCAUUCUUCGGUUGUAGCUCAUCUUUUCCUUCCUACACCUUCCAAUAAUAAUUAAAGGACAAAUAUACCUUUUAGUUAGCACUCCCUUCCUCUCCUGCACAACCCUAGCCAUCAUCACCACCAUGUCAUCCUCCACUAUUGUCGGUGCUGACAGGAGUGCAUUCUUCACCACUUCAUCGAAAAAAUUGUCGAAGCGCAAAAGGAGUUGUGAUACUCUCCCUUUAUUAUGGAAUGAUCGUUUCAAAAUGUAUAGGUAUUUCGGAAUAGCUACACUAAAAUAUGAUUUUCCCUAUUUUGGAAUAGCUAUUUCAGAAUACUUAUACUUUUCUAAAAUAAUUAUUCUGAAAUAUUAUUUUUUGUAUUCCACAAUAGUUAUUUUGAAAAUGCAUAGGUAUUAUGAAAUAACUAUUCUGAAAUACGGAAAAUCAUAUACUGGAGGUGACAAAUUUUGGUUUUGGAUUUGAGGAUGUUUCCAACAGCACAAAUAUGAGCAGAGAUGUGUGAAAUGCCACAACCUCAACCUUGAACAUGGUCAUCACCAUAUCUCCGUAUCGAGUCCUUAUAUUAAAGGAAGGUUAUGCAAAAACCCUUGUGGCAUGUCAAAGAUUGUCGCGUCCCUCACCGUUGUUGCAAUCCAAGAGAGCGUGAAGUUAUGGAACCUCGAAGCAGCAUCACGGUUUGAGAGCACAUGAAUCAUGAACCAUUUGGUGUAAAGGGUCAUUGAGUGAGCAUCUCGACCUUGCGGACAUUGAAGUAGAACUCGAGAGAUCUCUUCUUGUCAGAUUGGCUAUUGACUGCCAAUUGCCAUGAUCUCCGUAGGACAUCAGCCAACUCGAGAGAUCUCUUUGACAAGGUUUUUUGAGAAUGUCUUCUCACCUUGAUCAACAGUAUGGUUGCCAAUGGAAUUUUUUAUGGCAUUAGUGACAUGGUGAUUGUGACGGCUAGGGUUGUGGAAGGGAGGGAAGAGGGUGUUGUCUGAAGGAUAUAUACUUUAAUUAUUAUCAGCAGUGCAGAAAGCAAAAGAGGAGGUGCAAGAAGUAAAAGACCUGAGGUUGGGAGAGAUAUAUUAAAGUCUUAUGGUUUUUUAUUUGUAUUUAAUAGGAAUGGUAACACUCUUCCUCGUUA